AUUCUAUUCCCCUCAAGUCUAAUCUCUUCAUCCGUCGUGGCAUCUCCAACGCAUUCGUGAACGCCGUACAAGGCUCCGUCGCCAAUCGACGUGUAAUUCCUAAUAACACCUGCCUUCGCUCCCACCAUGAAGUUCUUUUCGCAGUCAUUUUUAUACGAUGAUACUUGGUCUAUCGUGUCGCUAGCUUAUUUUCUACGAUAUCCCAACCCAUACGCCUCCCAUGUCAUCUCUUGUGACGUUAUAUCUCGCGAACAGACUCCAAACGGGACCCUCCUGACAACCCGGCUCAUUCUCAAACGAGGCAAUCUACCCCGCUGGUUCCCCAAGAACUUUGUAUCCAGGGCAGAGUCGUGGCUGGUGGAGGAAAGCGAGGUGGACCCCUUCGGCAAGGUGGUGAAAUGCACUACGAGAAACCUCGACAACCUCAAGGUCAUGCGAGUGGAGGAAGUCGUGCAGUUCAGGCAGACCCCAGAGGAGAAAACUUUGCAGCACUCGGAGGUUAGAAUAGUAUCCGGGUUCGGAUGGGGUCUUACCAAGCGCAUUGAAAACUACGGUAUCACCAAAUUCAAGGCGAACCUGCAGCGGUCUCGUGAGGGCGUUUCGCUCAUUCUCGACUUGCUUCGACAAUCGCGCCUGCAACCUAUGGCACUUGGACACGGUGUGGGCGGUAGUCAGCUACUGCCCCACCUGGCGGAGGUUAACAGGACUCGGGAAGCCCAGCAGGAGACAAUGGAAAACGAGAAACCGGAACGAAAAGGACCAUGGUCUAGGCUAAGAAACUGGUGGAAUCCCGCUCCACCAGCUUCUUCAUGAAUUCACACCGAUAACUAUAUGAUGAACAGUUGUGACGAUCUUCCAUACUUUCUCUUCUUUCGACCUACUUGUGAGGCGUCUCAGCGUUUCGUGUCAUCGACAUCACCCCCCUUCAGUACUUUUGUAGUAGUAGUCGUAAUUUUCGUACAGGAUACUUAGGCCAAUAUAUGUAUU